AACGACUUCCUGUGACUAAAGUCCAUCGUUUGUACACAUGACAGAUCAGACAAGAUCGCUAUCUGUUUAUGAUAAUCAUUCUAAGUAUUUUGCUUUGGACUGACGACCCUUGAACUCCAGAACCUUUACCUAAAGAUAGAAACAUAACAUAACUUGGAAUUUAAGAUUUUCAAAUGGGAUUUAGGAUAAUUCAUUUCAUCACAAAGACCAUGAAGUAUUUGAUCCUCAAGACAUCAAGAACUUCUUUAAUAUGAUUCAUUAAUCUACAGUGCAGUUACUUACAUCAGUUGUUUGGGCGAUAUUUUCAAAAUGGGUGGAGCAUCAAGCACUCCGUCUGACGGCACUUCACCCCAGAUUGCCCGUGACCUGCGUUUGCUGUUAGGGAACUUUGAUAGACUUGACCCUAUGACUCAGAGACUGGUGAGUCUUGGGAAGAAAUGCCUGACGUCCACCAUCUUAGAUUCCCAGCAGAAUAACUUUAAGAGAUUGGAGGAGUUUAAUGCUGAAGCGUCUGGAGCUCCUCUCCAAGUUCCUCUGGGUGGUGCGGAAGCUGGUGCAGAAGCUGCUGGCUCUACAGCAAAAGGUUCUGAUAAUUUUUCUCCUGUAGACUUUGAAAGUUAUCCGUUUGAAGACACGGUAGGGGACUCGAAAAGUUUGUCUGAACUCAAAACAGAAGAUAGCCAUGACCUUCACCUUGAAGGGUCUAGUGCCAGAGGCAUGGAGCAAGAUGAGGAUGCUGGGUUAUUUCUACCGCUGACACAAGCCAGACCGAUAUACCUAGGUCAAACAUAUCCCAGAUGGAAAUACAUGUACAAACUUCAAAACAUGUAUGCACUUUGUGUCCCAACAAGGAAGAUAAUUUACAUCCAACCAAUUGAUGAAUUUCCUGAUUUCAUGACAGAGUUCAGGAUUUCAAUGAAGUCAUUAUCAUUAGAUGUAUUCAGUCUGCUUCAGGGAUUCACACAGAUAUUUUUCAGUGGGCUUGACGUGACAGUGUUGCCAAGUGUGUCCAUGGAGAGAAUGGGAUGGACAAACCUUGUGAAGACUCGUUGUCACAAAGAGACGGAACAGAAACAGUACCGAGCCAAAGACUUUUACCCCCUGCUGAAGAGUAGUCUUCCUUCAGACGGUCACUGUGUCCUUGGACUGGUGUGGACAGACCUGUACCCCGAGGAUGACCUCAACUUCACCCUAGGGGAAGUGUCCUUUUACCACCGAGCUGGCAUCUUCUGUUUUGGGAGAUUUGAAACAAAGGGUUUCAACAAGGAGACACACAAGGACAUCACUGAAGUGGACGGGUUCCUCGUCUGGAAACUUAUACGAGCCAUCAGCCAUGAGUUAUGUCACCUGUUCGGUUUACGUCACUGCACCUACUUCCACUGUUCUAUGAACGAGAGCACCUCUCUGGUGGAGGCCAUGGAUCAGCCUCUCUUCCUGUGUCCAGUCUGUCUACGGAAGCUGCACGAGGUGUGUCGCUUUGAUGUACUUGACCGCUACCAGCAGAUGCUGGGCUUCCUGUUGGAGCUACAGACACAACUGCCCAGUGUCCACUGUGAUAAGGCCAUCGUGUGGCUGCAGAACUGUAUUUCCUUUCUACAACAACCAGCAUCAGCUACCGGUAAUUGACUUGACUGAAGACUGUGCUGCUCCCUGUGAUGUCAAUAUCUUGUCAAGGAGACUCUAAGACUGCAAUGUUAAUCUCAAUGUAAUGUGUCAGAAGUCAUUCUUAUCAAUAUGUAUUGGAUAAUAUAUGGAGGUCGCAGAGUCUUCAAUUUGGUACUGACUGAUAAUCUGUUUUUGUCUUUUAUUUAGUCAGAUCAUGAUUUUAUUUUGUCAUAAAACAAAUUCAUUAAAAUCAGAUCUAAGCUCUCACUAUCGCUAAACAAAUAUCUGCCAGCAUCCUAUUACUGGUCAUGUCAGAACGACCUUUCACAAACUUUGACCGACCAAUGAAGUGACUUGGAGGAAGCUCAAUAUUACCCAAUCAACAUGAUCAAAAAGCAGCUUUCUUGAGCUUUAGGGCACUACUUUGAAAAUGGUGACUUCCAUUCCAGACUACACUUGAAUAAUAUUUUGACAGUGUUCUUGAUUUAAAAUGUUAAAACCGAACAAAAGAAAAUUCUGGAUUGCCUUAUAUGACCGAGAUUGUAGGGCAGUACUUCUCAUCGGCUGCGGGAAGAAUUCAUUUCCCAUUAAAUGAAAUAUAGAAGAUGUAUAACAUUCGGAAUCAGUUGGGGGGCUGUAACUGUCGUUCGGAAUACCCUGUGUUAACCUUUUCGGGGUUGAAUGAUUAGAAAUGCAUUCUGACUAUCACUUUCCUGAUCUUGUAAGCUGAUGGAUUGGUUGGAUGAAAGGUCUUCGGAUGGACCUGUAAUUGGAUGUCCUCAGAUCUUUGUUUAGUAGAAGUGAGACUUCAGAUCUAAUUUUAAUGGUCUUAAAACAUGUAAAUUAAGAUGAAUGUAUAUAUAAUAUAAGGUAUAACGCAGCUUUUCCUCUGUUAAGAUCAAAAUGUGAUUUUUAUACACUUCAAAAUAGUGUGGCAUGAUACUUCAUAUUGUGAACUGAGCAUGCUGAGUAUUGUAAAAACAUUGUGAGAAAACAAUUACAAACAGAAUAUUUAUUGAGUCACUUCUUCAAGAUGUACGAUAUGUUUUCUAUAUAAAGAGCAGCCAAUCAGUCCCAUGUUUUUUCACAACACAUUGUUUUCUGCACAACCAGUAUGCCCAGCAAACAGUAUCUCUUGUUGCAGAAUCAAGAGCAAACUUAAAUAUAUUAUUUCAUCUGGUUGAUCCCUGAGUGUAUUGUUACUAUGGUUACGUUGCUUAAAACACAGAUGACCAAUC